AUGGACGAUCAGGUCGAAUUCGAUAUCAAUGAGGCCCUCAAGCUAUAUCUCAGUGAUGCGACUACUAUCCCUACCCCAGAAGCGAGUCCGGAACUGCUCGAUUGCGACAAUGACCCAGAGGCUCUCACAACUUCCCUCGUUAACGAAGUGUUGGACCCAGUGGUGGAUCUGGUCGCAGAAAACCCUGAAGGAUUGAUGAGAGGUUCAACCUUUGAUACCAUACAGUUUUUGCUGAAGUGCGCUCCCGUUUCUGCUUUGUCCGCCGCAAGACACUUCGGGGAAUCCCAUGCUGAAUCAUUUCGUUUAUCUAGGCGAUCCUCGGGGCUCUCUACUCAAUCCCUGAGUAAGAUUCUACAUCUGAUCGUUUCAGGCCUCUCGUCUGCAACCGACAUUGCAAACCAUGACAUCGAGAACGAUGAACAGGAAACCCUAGCACAACACAAACAAGUCCUCGAGAUGUAUGCAUUUCUCCUCCAAUGGUCCAUAUCUGCCGUUGAAAUGAAAGCGCUCGAAAAGUCAACUACGGCUCCAGCUCGAAGAGGUGGGAAAGGGGCAAAAGCCAAAGCGGCAGCCAAAGACGAUGCUUGGGAUUCUUCCGGUCAGAUACAGAGCGCCAUGGACGUUAUGUGCAGGGUAAUGAAGCUCAAGCUGAACCGAAUCUUCCAAACAACCUCUGACCGGGACACGUUUGUCAAUCUAUUCACCAGAUCUGUGUACCUGGUUAUGGAGAGUGAGGCGAGGGUCAAGAUCGCGGCAGUACGAAUGUUCUGCUUCAAGGUCCUUUGCAUCGCGAUUAAGCAUCACGGACAUGCGCUCGGAGCUCAGACAUCUAUCGUUCAGAAUCUCACGUAUUUUGAGCAUUUGUCGGAGCCGAUGGCUGAGUUCCUUCACAUCCUGUCGGAGCAGUAUGAUUACCACCAACUGGCAGCCGAGAUCCUAAGAGAAUUGGCAUCCAAAGAAUUCAGUCAAAGUGACACCAAAGGACCCAAAUCGGUGUCGACUUUCAUCGUCAAACUCUCCGAACUUGAGCCCAGGCUUGUUAUCAAGGAGAUGGGUCUUCUUGCGAAAUUCCUGGACGGCGAAUCACAUACACUGAGAUGUGCCGUGAUCGAGGUUUGUGGAAACCUUCUUGCCGACUUAAGCAGACAAGAAGAAGAAAACGAGACGACCAAAAUUCAGAUCAAUGCUUUUUUCGACACUCUAGAACAACGGUUCCUCGACACAGCGCCGUUUUGCAGAGUUCGGGCAAUCCAAGUCUUUACGAAGAUAUGUGACUUGGAGCAGAAGUUUCCGAAACGACGGCAACAUGCCGCCGAACUUGCGACGCAGAGUCUUCGAGACAAGAGUAGCAAUGUACGGCGAAAUGCAAUCAAGCUGCUCAAGAAAUUGGUUUCGUCUCAUCCUUUUGGUUUGAUGCAUGGUGGACAACUGGCUCACAAGGAAUGGACUGAGAGAUUGGAAGCAGUGGAGUCUCAAUUGGAUGCCCUGAAGCCUUCGCCGGACUCGCCUGGUCUGGCGCAAACAGCCAGCGGGGAGGUGAGAGUGGACCAAGAAUUGCUGGACAAUCCAACUCAGGUGGAAGAAGACCCCCAAGAGAUGUCGGAGGAAGAGAAGAUUGCUGCUGCGAAGAAAGCCCGGGAGGAAGCCGCAACAUCCGAAGUCUUGGGCAAACUCCAACUGACCCGCAAAUACUACCUCGAAGCACUGAGAUUUAUCGAAGUGGUGCAUGAGGCUUCAGAGGUUGCAGUUCAAUUGCUGUCUUCACCUAACAAGACCGAGGUGAUUGACGUGAUGGAUUUUUUUGUCACCAUUGACGCCUUCAAAGUCGAGACGGCUCGAAAAGGCAUCCGACGUAUGCUCCGAUUGAUUUGGACCAAAGGCAAUAGCGACGAAGGAAAAGGAGUUCAAACUCAUUUGAUCGAAAACUACAAAGGCUUGUUCUUCGAUGCCCCGGAGGCUUUUAGCACCAACGAUGCUGCGAAUUUUGUUGCCAGAAACAUGAUCAGCUUAACAUUUGGCGCUACUCCUGCUGAGUUGACAUCACUUGAACAGCUGUUGAGUACCAUGUUCAAAGCUGGUCAUAUUUCGGAAUUGGUGGUGGCGAAGUUGUGGCAGGUGUACGGGGUUAACAAGGAAAUUUCCAAAGCCCAAAGAAGAGGAGCUAUUAUUGUACUGGGAAUGAUAGCUCUUGCUAACCCUGAAGUCGUCGUUAAGGAGAUGGAUACCAUGCUACGAGUGGGAUUGGGCCAACUUGGGAGAGCCGAUUUUGUCCUCGCCAAAUUCACCUGCGUCGCUCUUCAUCGCAUGACACCGACUGCAAAGAAGGCGCAAGAGAAGACUGCUUCAGCAGGGUUGUCGAAGAUGUCCAGCAAUCAUGAGGUGUUGCGAAUGCUCGCGUCCAUCCUCUUGACCACCUCAACAAGCAAAGACUGGUACGGGAUGGCUGAACAAGCCAUAAGCGCCAUUUAUGCUCUGUCAGACCAUCCAGAUGUCUUAUGUUCCGAAGUUCUCAGGCAAAAGACUCGGCUGGUCUUUCAGCAGACUAAGGACCUGUCAUCGUUAUCAAGACCGUCAUCACCAGAAGCAGAUGCGAUGGAGGUCGACGGUGAAGAAGGAGAAACUCGGAAUCCAGAAGCAGAGCUACCAAAUUCCGGGCAGCCACAAGAAACACGAGGAAAGCCAUCCAUUGCUCUUUCACAACUCUUAUUCACCGUGGGCCACAUUGCCAUUAAGCAGAUUGUUCAUCUCGAACUGUGUGAGCUCGAUUUCAAGCGACGGAAACAAGAUCGGGAAAAGAACAAGGAGAUUGCCAAUCCCUCACCAGAGAAGUCAAUAGGACCUACCCCAGCUCGAAGAAAGAAGACGGCAGCGGAAGAAGUCCUGGCGGAGAAGCAGAAAGAAGAAGAAAAAGAUGAACUUGACCUCAUCGGCGGCACGACUGAAGACGACUUCACCGAAGCCAUCGCUCACGUCCGAGAACGAGAGCUCCUGUAUGGACCAAAUUCUCUGCUGGCGAACUUCGGUCCAUUAGUGACUGAAAUUUGUGCAAACAAUGCGGCAUACAAGGAUCGGAAUCUGCAAGCACAAGCGACAUUGUGUUUGGCCAAAUUGAUGUGUAUCAGCAGCGAAUACUGCGAAAAGAACUUACCCCUUCUGAUCACAAUUCUUGAACGGUCGACCGAUCCGAUAGUCCGUUCCAAUGCUGUCAUCGCACUAGGUGACAUGGCCGUCUGCUUCAACCACCUGAUUGAUGAAAAUACAGAUUUCCUGUAUCGACGACUGAACGAUGCGGACGAAAGUGUCAAACGCACGUGCCUGAUGACCUUGACGUUUUUGGUAUUGGCCGGACAAGUCAAGGUGAAAGGGCAAUUGGGCGAAAUGGCCAAGUGCCUUGAAGACGGGGACAAGAAGAUUGCUGACCUGGCGCGCAUGUUCUUUACUGAACUGGCGACCAAGGACAACGCAGUGUACAAUCAGUUUGUCGACAUGUUCAGUGUACUCACGCAGGAAGGUCCUCUAGAUGGUGGUGUGAUGGAAGAGGAAGCCGUCAGGAGGAUCCUCAAGUUCCUGUGUGGGUUUAUUGAAAAGGACAAACACGCAAAGAAUCUGGCCGAAAAACUUGCGGCGCGAUUGGGUCGGUGCGUGAAUAAACGACAGUGGGACGACACAGCAUAUGCGCUGUCGCUAUUACAGCAUAAGAACGAGGAGAUUGCGAAGAAGUUGAGUGAGGGAUACCGCGUCGUUGAGACGGAGGCAUAA